AUGGUACGGAAAGGGCGUUUGCCUAUUACACAGGCUACUACAUGCGGGUUCCAGGUUGAUCCAAACCAUGUCACUGACUGCCUCGCUUGCCUGUCCAGUUCAGCUGAAUCCACGGACGGAGUAACUAAAACGCCCCUCGCAAGAACCGCAGACAGCCGCUUAAUUAGAAAAGCAGACACACAGUCUCGCUCGCUCCGGGCAAGCUCUGUCCGAAAAUUAUGGAAUCAGUCACAGUAG